GGGGAAGGACUAUUUAAGAAAACACAUGGCAUGUUACCAAACAGUUGUUUUGAGGCUGUUUACAGAACAGAGGAAGAAGUGCAAAGAUUCUCUGAUGCCAUGGAUGAUGCCUGGAAUGUGCAUGGUAGAGAAGUGAUGUCUGCAUUUAAUCUUUCUCAUUUCCCACUCAUUUAUGAUCUGGGAGGGGGUAGUGGCGCCUUGGCUAAGGAAUGUGUCUCCUUAUAUCCAAAUUGUAUGGUGACCGUUUUUGACCUUCCUAAAGUAGUGGAAAGGGCAAAGAAGCAACCUAUGUCCUCAGACAAAAGGCAGAUUACAUUCCAGGAAGGGGACUUUUUUAAAGACCCGGUUCCUGAAGCUGACCUCUACAUUUUGGCUCGGAUUCUGCAUGAUUGGGAGGAUGAAAAGUGUGUGCAGCUGCUAACCAAACUGCACCAAGUCUGCAGGCCUGGCGGUGGAGUGCUAGUCAUUGAAAUGCUUCUCAAUGAGGAC